AUGCGUGGUGUGUUCAAUCUCCUGCUCUUUGUUUCGGGUGUGAGUGCGGUGCGGCCUGGCGCCAACGUCGAUGAGACUUUUGGGACCUGCUGCUGCUUCUUUCCGGCCACCAACCGCUUCCGCGCGUUCAAGCCGGCCCAAGGACAGCAAUGCCCCAAGCGGAAGGAGGGUUCCACGGAAAAGCUGCCCCGCGGCUGUGCCAGAGAAGGGGGUGAUGUCCAUACUCCGUGCCAGACGAAGGAUUACAACGAGGAGGGAGUCCCGGAUCCCAAUGACAUGUACUGUGAGAACUACCUCAUGGCCACGUGUGGCGAUCAUACGAUCAGCAUUCCAAAAGAGUGGACCAACUGUUACGAGAAGACCAGCAAAUACGGCUACAACCAGGUGGAGUCUUCGUGCCCACAGUGCAAGAGACCCUAUUAUUCACGUGGCAAAUGCUGA